CGUCAGUCAUUCCUGGACCGUUUUGAGGGUCACUUCGUGUUGAUUCGUGAUAGUGUCUUCGUUAUUACGCGUGUCUGUCAUCAUUUAUUCAAGUACAAUCUCACCAUUGCGCCAUUAUGUUUAUUUCUCAUUAAACUUACGUCAAAACGUUCGUGUGAUAAUCGAGUUACAGUAAGAAAUAAAAAUAGCCACGCGGUUUCUAACCUAAUUCAUCGACAUGCUCUCCAACACCUCGUGACGCUGAUAAUUAAUUCUCUGCUCAGCGGUACUACGAGGGAAACAGCCUGCGGGAGAUCAAACGGGUCUAUACGUGGGUAUAAGAUAGAAACCCCAAACAGAACAGAACCCCAAAUAUUUUACAACAGACGAAGACGGAAUAGGAAAAUGUGCACGGAGGAGUGUAAAGUAAACUGUUAGAGAAAAGUAAAAAGUAUCAAACGCAAAAAGCCACAAUAGAUUUGGAGAAAAUUGAUCAAUAAACUAGCGUAAAGUAUGAAGAAAGAGAAUAAAGUUUUCGAAAUACAGUAGUGGUUUUGGGGGAGAGGAUAAAAAAUAUUAAUCAAUGACGCAAAUUGACAGAUCAACACCGUUAAAUCGACAGACGCAAAUGGCUGUUAUUGAGACUACUUUCUAUUCUAAGCCAUCAGUCGAUUUAAAAACGUCCUUAAAAAUAUUUUAUGACUCUGACAUUUCUCUUGCAAUGAUAUUGAGUUCAUAGAUAUACAUUCAAACCAGGAAAGACGAGUGAGCAGAAAAAGGAGCUUACAGUUGAAUUGGAAGAAAUAUUGGAAAAAAGUCUCUAGUUUGGUUUCUCUACGAGGGAAUCGUGACCGAUCCCAGCCAAAUGCCUUUUUCCUAGAUGCUUGAAUACCCAGGAAAUCCGCAGUCUUUCCUGCUCUAUCCCCAACUAUCGGCGCUCUCUUCGUGCCGAGGGGACGUGGUCCUUUUGCUAGGCAAAACGUAAAGGGCAGGGUGAAGGACAAGGAAAAUUGGAUGAACAAAAAAAAAGAAAGGGAAAGAAGAAGAAGAAGAAGAAGAGAUUUAAGAAACAAAAAGAGUACUACGUCGAGAAAAAUUUAUCAUUCAUCCUUUUCAACGUAUAGGUCAACGCGACGAACCAAAUCUGAUUCAAAUUCUUCUCUAUUUCAACUCAUCCAAUGGCUCUCAAGCUCAGCAGAUUGUCAGAGUGGUUUUACUGAUUACAUUUUCUCGAAUGAAAUUCUUUUUUAACUUACUACAAUCAAGGAGACAAGGGCGACUAGUCUGGAAUAAAGUUUCUUUCACCAAGUGGCAGAAGAUCGGACGGAAGUAACGAAAUAUCUUGUGAAAGUCAAAGAAUUUGACCCAAGUGGACUUGUACACUUGAACAUUUCCAAUAAAAGUAUCAAAGUUACAAGAAAUCGAAUAUACUGGACAAGCUACGGAGUAGCAUUUAGAAGUGAGUAUUUGAAGAAGUGAAAUAAAGGGAAACAAUUUUGCAGAUCCUUAAAGGUCACUUCUGUUCAUUCAGUAAUCCACAUGUGAGUCAAUACUUGCAAACUGGCCAUUUUAAUUCAAGGUCCUUCCAAGAGACUCCUGCUGAGCGGUUAGAUUCUACCAAUUACAAUUGGAAUCUAUGGAGCGGGAAGCAACACAGAGCAACGAAGACGCGUCGCCACUGGCGACACGAAACGCGUGACUCACGUCGAGCUGACUACUUAACUGUUUAAACGAACGGCCCGCGUUUCAGUUCAGCCGUUGACAGGCUCCGGGUUACAUUAGUAUUAAUUUUUAACAUGAAAGUAUCCAAGUGACCACGUGUUGUCGCUUGAUUUUUCAUGCUUUCUACAGUCAAGUCAACUGUGUGAUAAAUUCAAUAGACACUAAUUUUAUUUUUUUAUUCUUUCGACGGGUUUCGAUCAUGAUUUUAAGUCAUUUAUUCCGUGAGUAAUUCGUUUAGUUUUAUUUAUUAUUGUGAUUAGACAAAGUGCAAAUCAAAGUGGUGAUAAUAUUUAGUUAAAGUGAACGAUCAUGUGUACCUACAAAUGGAUCAUUAGUUUGAGUUUUCUCUUGCUUGUCACUCUCGAAGGUCGGACCAGAGCCUGGUCUAGCCAAUGGGCUGCUCACAUCGAAGGAGGUCCCGAGGUAGCACAGCAGGUAGCCAACGACCAUGGAUUCAGCUAUCGGUCUCCGAUUAUUGGUGAUUGGUAUCACUUUGACCACAAAUUAGUAAAGAAACGGUCAGCGGAGCCGCACUUGGAAAUUCAUCAUCGAUUAGUGAAAGAUUCAAGAGUUCAACGAGCAGAACAGCAACGAAUUAAAUCAAGGCAGAAGAGAGAUUACGUUGUAAAACGCGGCCCAAUAAAUUUUCGAACAGUGUUAAAUGAUGAUAGAUGGCCACAAAUGUGGUAUUUGAAUCGUGGUCCAGGUCUUGACAUGAAUGUUCAGUCAGCUUGGAACGAAGGCAUAACUGGUCAUGGCGUUGUCGUGACAAUUUUAGACGACGGUUUGGAGAAGGAUCAUCCGGAUAUCUUCCGGAAUUACGACCCACAAGCAAGCUACGACGUGAAUAGCUAUGACGACGACCCGAUGCCACGAUACGAUUAUCUCAACAGUAACCGGCAUGGUACCAGAUGCGCUGGUGAAGUAGCUGCCACUGCAAAUAAUUCUUUUUGUGCUGUUGGAGUUGCUUUUGGUGCUGGAGUUGGAGGAGUGAGAAUGUUAGAUGGAGAAGUUACAGAUGCAGUUGAAGCAAGAUCUCUCAGUUUCAAUUCUCAGCACAUUGAUAUCUAUAGUGCUUCUUGGGGUCCUGAUGAUGACGGCAAGACUGUAGAUGGUCCAGGAGAACUUGCUACUCGUGCAUUCAUGGAAGGCAUUACUAAGGGUCGAAACGGCCGAGGUUCAAUAUUUGUUUGGGCUUCUGGAAAUGGUGGAAGAGAACACGACAAUUGCAACUGUGAUGGCUACACAAAUAGCAUCUGGACCUUGUCAAUCAGCAGUGCGACAGAAAAUGGUUUAGUACCAUGGUAUAGUGAAGCUUGCUCAUCGACACUAGCAACCACGUACAGUUCUGGCUCCUUAGGAGAAAAACAAAUAGUUACAAUAGAUUUAAAUCAUCAAUGUACGAGUAGUCACACUGGAACAUCAGCAUCUGCCCCGUUAGCUGCCGGAAUUUGUGCACUUGCACUUGAAGCAAAUAGAGAUCUUACAUGGAGGGAUAUGCAACAUAUUGUUGUAAGAACUGCAAAACCAGCAAAUUUAAUUGCUACUGAUUGGGUUACCAAUGGAGUUGGUAGAAAUGUUAGCCACAGUUUCGGCUAUGGUCUAAUGGAUGCAGCCGCGAUGGUUCAACUUGCCAAAAAGUGGCAAACCGUUCCGGAACAACAUAAAUGUGAAAUUUUAGCUCCACACAAAAACAGAUCAAUUCCAUCUCGAAGUCAAUUAAGUUUAGAUUUUCAUGUCAAAGAGUGCACUGGAGUGAACUUUUUAGAACACGUGCAGGCAAAAAUAUCACUGUCAGCGUCAAGAAGAGGAGAUCUCGAGAUCACAUUGAUGUCACCUCAAGGUACAAAAAGUACACUUCUUGCAAAGCGACCACACGAUAAUUCAAAGACUGGAUUCCAACAAUGGCCAUUCAUGUCAGUACAUACAUGGGGCGAACGUCCGCAUGGCACGUGGAAACUUGAAGUUCACAAUGAAGGCCGAUUUGUUGCAACAUUAAACGAAUGGGGAUUGAUGCUGUACGGUACGAAAGAAUCUCCCGACUUCGAUGACGAACUAGAUAAAGACAAACAUCCUGGCAUGAUUCAUGUUGAUGUACCACAGAAUAAUGCUGACCUAGAUACAAACAAACAUCUGAUAGAUACUGAGAAUGAUGCAUGGUCUGGAAGACAGCAGGUGAAUCCAAUAUCUCACCCUGAGGCGCAAAAGCCAACGUCUGAAAACCAAACGAGUAGAGGAUGCAACAGCUUUAGCUCUCAUGGGUGCCUAGGAUGUAAGAGCGGCUGGUAUUUCUUUGAGGGACGAUGCCUGUUGGAAUGCCCGUCAGUUACGUACCCAGACCACGACGAGUCGAAGAAUAUUUGUAUUCCGUGCCAUUACUCAUGUAUGACCUGUGCAGGACCUUCGGAUAUCGAUUGCACUUCAUGUCACGUUGAUUCAAAUCCAACUUCAACAAGAGCCGAAAAGUUUCAAUGUAUCUCAAAGUCUCUAGACUGGAAAAUUAAAUCAAGCGUGUGGUUUCGACGUAUGACCGUUUUACUAGGAUUUAAUUUAGUUUUUAUCAUAGCUGUAAUUAUGUAUUUCUUAUUUAUACAUUCAAGAAACGUUCAAAAAAUUUCCAAUAAAGGAUACGAAGAACUGCCAAUACCAAGCAAAGAAGACGAACAAGAAAUAAGCCAUAAACGUUCAACCGGAUGUACUUCCGAUAGUGAAUAGUAUUUUUUUAAUAAAUCAUAUACGAUAAUUUAUAUUGAAAUUUAAUGUACUAUAACUAUAAAUAAAUGUAUACUUUUUUAUAGUCAUAAAAGUCUCAGGGAAGAUUUUUAUUAAAUUAAGUUUUCAUUACUUUUUCAGUAUCUUGAAGAAGCAGUUAAAACUUGAUGCAUUUUCAAAAACUAAUUUAAAGUAUUCCAAGGAAUUAUUUGUUAUAUAGUGUACUCAUUAUUAGGUUGUAAAUAUCGUGUACAGGACGCAGUAGAUUAUUGUAAUGAAGUAAAAGUUAGCUAAUUAAUUGCUAUGAUUUGCAUAGUAAAAAUAUUAUUAAUUAGUUAUACUAUAUAUAUAUACAUAUAAAUAGACAUAAUUAUCUAAAAUCAGAUUAUAGAAGUUCAAAGUUUGUAAUUUGCAAUUUGCCAAAAAUUGAAUUUUCUUCGAUAUAAUAUUGUUUUUAUACAUUAGGAAUAUGAAAAAUUAAUAAU